AUGGAGGGGGGCAGCGGGGGCCGGGACGGGGGGGGCGCCCCCAACCCCUUCGUCCACGAGCUGCGGCUGACGGGGGCGCAGAGAGCCAAGUUCUACCUACUGGGGACGGUGCUGGCCCCACUCCGCGUGGCCCUGGCCUUCAUUGUCCUCUUCCUCAUCUGGCCCUUCGCGCUGCUCCAGGUGCUGCACCGGUCCGAGGAAGAGCUGAAAGAGCCGCUCAUGGAUUGGAGGAGCUCUGUCUCCUACAGCUCCGUCUACCUCCUGAGCCGCCUGAUGUUCUUCCUCCUCGGCUUCAUGAAGAUCCGGGUGCGGGGGCAGCGGGCAUCACGCUUGGAGGCCCCGAUCCUGGUGGCCGCCCCCCACUCCACCUUCUUCGACCCCAUCAUCCUGCUCCCAUGUGACAUUCCCAUGGUGGUCUCCCGCACAGAGAACCUCCAUGUGCCUGUCAUUGGAGCCUUGCUUCGGUUCAACCAAGCCAUCUUGGUGUCCCGCCAUGACCCAGCCUCUCGCAAGAAGGUGGUAGAAGAGGUGAAGAGACGGGCCACAUCCCAGGGAAAAUGGCCACAGGUGCUCUUCUUCCCCGAGGGGACCUGCUCUAACAAGAAAGCCUUACUGAAGUUUAAGCCAGGUGCCUUCAUUGCCGGGGUUCCUAUCCAGCCCAUCCUUGUCCGGUACCCCAACAGCCUAGACUCGACAACCUGGGCGUGGCAAGGCCCCGGAGUGCUCAAAGUCAUCUGGUUGACGGCAUCACAACUCUGCACCACCGUGGAAGUGGAGUUCCUCCCCGUCUAUCAGCCCAGCGCUGAGGAGAGCAUCAAUCCCACCCUUUAUGCCAGCAAUGUGCAGAGAACCAUGGCCCGGGCGCUGGGCAUCCCGGCCACUGAGUGCGAGUUGGUGGGGACCCUGCCGGUGCGGGCGGUCGGGCACCUGCGGGUGGCCCUGGAGCCCCGGCUCUGGGAGCUGGACAGGGCACUGCGGAGGGCCAGGUGGGUCACGGGGGGCCCCCUGCCUGACGGUGGAGCAGGGACUCUGGGGUGCCAGGAACUCGCCCGCUGGCUGGGGCUGCCCUACCCUGAGGCGCCUGAGGGGCUCUGUGCCUACUUCCAGCAGGACCCGGGGGGCGCCGUGGACGCCCGGGCGGUGCGGCUGGCCCUGCAGGCGCUGGAAGGGGGACGCAGCCCCAAGGAGCUUACGCGCCUUGCCUUCGAGCUGUUCUGCGAAGUGGGGGCCGGGCAGGGGGCCCCAUGCCUUCCCCGGGAGGGUUUCUGUGCCAUCCUGCGCCUGCUGCUGGGGACGCCCUGGGCCGAUGGAGCCAAGCUCUAUGCUGCACUGGGCGGGGCUGAGCCCCACCACGGGCUGAGCAUCGGUCAGUUCCAGGAUUUCGCCCUGUGUCACCCCGACUAUGCUCUGCUGUUCAGCACCUAUCUGUGCCUCCCGGUACCCGCCCGCCAGGCCCACGCCCCCCAUGCCAACGGCCUCUCCUCUGCCAAGAGCAAGGCAGACUGAACCACGCCCCACCCCCACCAGACAGUGACACCCCUUCCCCAGCACACUCGCUACCCGGACACACCCAGCAACUCAGGGCUUCAGGAAAUGGGGAGGAAAAAGCCAAUUUUGGGGGGAGGGGAGGUUAUUUUAUUUUAAUUAUUUUUGAAUUUAUUUUAUUUUUUGGAGUGAAGCGGGUGGGCUGGGUUUCUUCUUCUGUUUUGUAAAAUGCAAACAAACGCUAUUUUAUAUAUCAAAUAUCUAUAUCUCUA